AUGUUAUUUAUUAACUGGUUGUUGAUUGGUGCUGCUAGUGCUAAUUUGAGUGGUAGAGAUGAUCAUGAUGGAGAUUUAGUUGUUACAGAUUGUCAUUUUCAUGGUGAACAACAAUAUUGUAUUGAUUGGGAUGGAGUAGAAGGUGAAAUACAACCUGUACCUUCAGAUGCGCCUGAUUCUUAUGGUGGUUGUCAUUCUCAUGGUAAUGACACUUAUUGUUUGUAUAAUAAUGAAGAAAUACAAUUUAUCAGAGAAGUUGAAACACAUGAAGAUCAUGAAGGAGAAGAAGAGCACGUGCACGAGGACGAUCAUGACCAUGAAGAAGAAGGUCAUGAACAUGCAGAGGAAGGUGAAGUCACUGAUUGUCAUUUUCAUGAUGAACAACAAUAUUGUAUUGAUUGGAAUGGUGAAGAAGGUGAAAUUAUACCAGUUUUAGCUAAUGCUCCAAAUUCAUACUCAGGUUGUCAUUCACAUGGUAAUGAAACAUUCUGUACUUUUAAUGGUGAAGAAGUUCAGUUUUUAAGAAGUGGUGAUGCAACCGAAGUUACAACAAACGAUGAAGGUUUAGAUUGUCAUUUUCAUGCUGGUGUUGAACAUUGUACUGGCGCUGGUGUUGAAAAUAAUGAAAGAGUAUGUGAGAGAGUAGAUAGAGAUUAUGAUAUUCCAUUAAGAAUUGGGUUUUUGUUUGUUAUUUUAGUGACUUCGUCAAUUGGUACUUUUGGUCCAAUGAUUAUUAAAUCAUUACUUAAAUUAUCUCCACAUAAUUUCAUAAUUAUAAUUUUAAAACAAUUUGGUACUGGUGUUAUUAUCUCAACUGCAUUUGUUCAUUUAAUUACUCAUGCUAAUUUAAUGUGGUCAAAUUCAUGUCUUACAAUUCACUAUGAAGCAACAAGUCAAGCUAUAACAAUGGCAGGUAUAUUUUUAGCAUUUAUACUAGAAUAUAUUGCUCAUAGAUUAGUUGAUAUGAGAAAACCAAAACAAGAAGCAGCAAGGUCUAAAUUGGAUGAAGUUGAAGGUGAGACUUCAGAUGUUUCAUCGGAUUUUUCAAAACAUGCAAAUUCAACAAAUGAUAAAGUUUCAGUUAUGUUAUUAGAAGCUGGUAUUGUAUUUCAUUCAAUAUUGAUUGGGAUUACGUUGGCAGUUACUGGUGAUACAUAUUUCAUUACUUUAUUUAUUGUUAUUGUAUUUCAUCAAUUUUUUGAAGGUUUAGCAUUAGGUUCAAGAAUUAUAGAAUUAGAUCAAUGUAAAUUAUUAACUAAAUUAAUUAUGGCUUUAGUAUUUGCAUUAAUUACUCCUAUUGGUAUGGCUAUUGGUAUUGGUACCUUGAAUAAAUUUAAUGGUAAUGAUCCAUCAACUUUAAUUGCUUUAGGUACUUUGGAUUCAUUAUCAGCUGGUGUUUUAUUAUGGACUGGUUUAGUAGAAAUGUUAAGUCUGGAUUGGUUACAUGGAAGUUUAAGAACUGCAAAUUGGAUAAAGACUUCAAUUGCAAUGAUUGCAUUAAUAGCUGGUUUGAUAUUGAUGAGUGUAUUAGGUAAAUGGGCUUAA